AUGGUACCGCCUUCCUCAACCUGCCACAUUUCCCACUACAGCUUGGGUUCUAUUAGUUUUUGUGAUUUUCUUUAUUCAUUUCACUUUUUAGUUGAGCGUUUUCUCGAAUAGUUUCUGUUAAGCUUUAGAUUUUUAUUGUUUUGACAUUCUUAUUCACGACGAGGCAAACACAAGAUGUACCAGUUCUUAAGGAUUGUUCGAAUCGCAUUCCUUGCGGGCAGUUUUGGAUGCUUAUUGGACCUAAUGGGCGUGGAAAAUCUACUUGAAGUGGAGUAGGGAUAAAUUCUGCAAUGGAUGAUAUGAAUUUGAUUCAGCAAACCCAGAUACAUCACUUGGUUGUGAGGGAGAUUGGCGAGGAGAUUGAUUUAGACAUCCCUAUGGAUAUUCUUUGCAAGAUCUUCUUACUAAGCAUGUAAAAGUGGUCUCUGAAUUUUUGACAGCUCAGUAUGAUGAGGACUUUAUGUUCCCGGUUCUUUGAUGUAUAUGAGAAACUCUUGACAUCUCCUAAUUAUGUCACAAGGAGGCAGUCUUUGAAGCUUAUCUCGGAAUUUCUUUUGGAAUCUCCUAAUUCCCAGAUAAUGAAGCGGCAUCUUAAAAGUUCGUUACUUGAAAGUCAUGAUGACAUUGUUGAGGGUGCCACAAGUUACAUAGGUUGCAUAGGAAAGGACAAAUUUGUAGAGGAGAUGAAGAAGAAAUGUACACUUGAUGGUGUAAAGGAAAGUUUAAUCUUGUGAUUUGUCUCCUCCUUUCUUUGUGAUAAGCUACUUUGUGUCUGACCUAAGAAUACCAUUUCUGAAAUUGAAUUUAUUCAUUCGAAAAUCAAGUUAACUAUUAUGAAAUCGACAAUACACCUACAGGAACUUGUGAUGUUUGUGUGAUUGGUGGUGAAAGAUCAAAUGAUCAAACUUUCCUUGACUGUUUUAUUCUACUUAUUAUAUGGCUCAAUAAUAAUGAUAUUUUAUGCUGUUUUUUAAUAGUAUACUUCUUCGGCUUAACAUAAUACUUGAUUGCAAGGCAAUUUGGAGGAGUUGUGUGGCUUAAUAAAAGGUUAUCAGUUGGGUGGCUUAAUAGCUUAAAGGUUUAUAAGAAGAGUGAUAUUUUUUUCUAUCAAUUUGUUCUUGUCAGUCCUGAUAUCUAGACAGCCUUAUAUAUAUAAAAAAAGGGAAUAAUGUCUUUCAUAAACUAUUUUAAACUAACAUGCAUCAACCAUUCAUUGCCUUGUGUGAAACUUCUGUUUCCGACCAUGUUUAGAACUGACUUGAUCAUUUAUUUGUAUUUGCAGUCUGUGUAUUUUCUAAUUUUGCCCCAUUUACAAGUUUUUGACCAUGUUUACAAAACAACUGCGUCUGCUUGCAAAAAAGAUUAAAUGUUCUAGCUGUGUUGGCUUCAAUUCAUUUUCAAACUUUAAAUUUCCAAGUUUCAGUAAAUGCUUUAUCAAUUUGGUUCAUUUAUUUUUUCUACUGUGAAUUUUGCUCUUUGAAAAUCUACAAAUGAUGUAUUACUAUUGAACAGAUCAGCCGAAAUGGGAGAAGAACUUGCUGGUCAGCUGCUUAAGAUUCAGCAGCAAUACCCAAACUACGUGAAGGAGGUACAAGGAAGAGGAUUGUUCAUCGGAGUGGAGUUUAACAGCAAAAAUUUAUUCCCUGUAUCAGGCUAUGAGCUAUGCAAAAAAUUGAAGUAUAAAGGAGUCCUUGCCAAGCCAACACAUGAUACAUUUAUCUGCUUUACUCCCCCUUUGCAUAAUGAAAACAAGAAGCAAUGUCUUUAUAUCAAGUUAUCAUUGUAUUAUGUUAAAGUUUUGCCUCUUGAAAAUUAUUAGUUCAUAUUAGAAUAAUUAUUGGAAAUGAAAACUGGAUUGCUGUGUAGUCCAGAUUUUACUGAAGCCAAACUAUGAUCUAUAAAUAACCGAAAGCAUACACGGCAAA